UUGCAAGAAAAACAACUGUCAAAAUUUGUUGAAAAAGUUGAAGGAGUUUUGUCAAAAAUUGCAGAAAAGGUACAUUUUCUGGUCAAUUUCCCCACAUUUUCCAGGAGUCUCCUCAAAGAAUUCAAAGAAACACCCUUUAGGAAUAGUUUGAUUCGUCUGGGAAGAUGUUUCGAGCACCACUGGCCCGGGCUCUGACGCUGGGAUCGCCCACAAAGGCCGCCAGCGUCGCCGUGAGGAGCUCCGCCACUGUUCCGGCAAAAGCCCCGGAGAAAAUUGAGGUAUUUGUGGACGAUAAGCCUGUGUUGGUGGAUCCGGGAACGACAAUUCUCCAAGCAGCUGCAAUGGUGGGGGUGGAGAUUCCGCGUUUCUGCUACCAUGAGCGCUUGGCUGUGGCUGGGAAUUGCCGGAUGUGCCUCGUGGAGGUGGAGAAGAUGCCCAAGCCGGCUGCUGCAUGCGCCAUGCCCGUGAUGAAGGGAUGGCGCAUUAAGACGGACUCAGAGCUCACCCGGAAGGCGCGGGAGAGUGUCAUGGAGUUCCUGCUGAUGAAUCACCCACUGGAUUGUCCAAUUUGCGAUCAGGGCGGGGAAUGUGAUCUCCAGGAUCAGGCUAUGGCUUUUGGGUCUGAUCGUUCGCGCUUCACUGACAUUGAUCAUUCCGGAAAGCGUGCUGUGGAGGACAAGGAUAUCGGGCCACUGGUCAAGACCAUCAUGACGCGGUGCAUUCACUGCACCAGAUGCAUCAGGUUCGCAUCGGAAGUGGCUGGAGUGGAUGAUUUGGGUACAACAGGACGUGGGAAUGACAUGCAGGUGGGCACGUACGUGGAGAAACUCUUCAUGUCUGAGCUUUCCGGGAAUAUCAUUGAUUUGUGCCCCGUGGGGGCGCUCACGAGCAAACCCUACAGCUUCGUGGCACGCCCCUGGGAGAUCCGGAAGGUUGACAGUGUGGACGUUUUGGAUGCCAUCGGGAGUAAUAUUGUUGUGAGUACCCGGACGGGUGAGGUUAUGCGAAUCCUCCCGCGGGAGAAUGAGGAGAUCAAUGAGGAAUGGCUGGCGGAUAAAUCUCGCUUCGCCUGCGAUGGGCUGAAGCGUCAGCGUCUAAUCGCCCCCAUGCUGCGUAUGCCGAGUGGGGAACUGCAGCCCGUUGAGUGGGAAUCCGCCCUCAUCCAAGUGGCUAAACGCAUUCAAGCUGCUUCCGGAAAGGUGGCCGGAGUGGCUGGAUCCCUCGCUGAUGUGGAAGCAAUGGUGGCUCUCAAGGAUUUGCUCAAUCGCAAUGGGUCGGAAGUUCUCUGCACUGAACAGAGCUUCCCAACUGAUGGUUCCGGAACGGAUUUGCGUUCCAGCUACAUCCUCAAUGCCUCCAUUGCUGCUGUUGAGGAAGCUGAUCUUGUUCUUCUCGUUGGAACCAAUCCCAGGUACGAAGCCCCCUUGCUGAACACCCGUCUCCGGAAGGGAUUUGUCCACAAUGAACUCAACGUGGGGCUUGUGGGCCCCAAAGUGGAUCUCUCCUAUGACUACGAGCACCUCGGGAAUGACGCAAACACCCUCUCGCAGAUUAUUUCCGGAAGUCAUCCAUUUGCAGCAAAAUUGAAGGCAGCCAAGCGCCCCCUUGUCAUCGUGGGUGCUGAUCAGCUAACACGCAAAGAUGGCAAAGCAAUCCUGGCCAAUUUGCAGACAUUUGCAAAUCAACUCCAGGCCGGGAAGGAUUGGAAGGUUUUCAAUGUUCUGCAGCGCAAUGCCUCCCAGGUGGGGGCGCUCGAUGUUGGCUACGCCCCGGGCGUGGAGAAGCUGAAGGAGGCUCAGCCACAGGUGGUGUUCCUGCUGAAUGCCGAUGGGGGCGCUGUGACGCGUGAAAGCCUCCCAAAGGGCUGUUUCAUCGUCUACCAGGGACAUCAUGGGGAUGCGGGGGCACAGAUUGCCGACGCUGUCCUCCCAGGGGCUGCGUACACGGAAAAACAAGCAACUUACGUGAAUACCGAGGGCAGAGCUCAGCAGACACUCCUUGCUGUGACACCUCCGGGAAUGGCGCGAGAAGAUUGGAAGAUUAUCCGGGCACUAUCGGAGAUUCUCAGUACUCCCCUGCCGUACGACACACUCGAUGAGAUGCGCAACAGAAUGGAGGAUAUAGCGCCCCAUUUAGUACGUCAUGGGCACAGGGAGACGAAUAAUUUCACGAAGGAAGCUUCGGAAUUGGGCAAAGGAGCUGCCCAGAGGAUUGAUGGCCCCAUUGAUGUUGCCCAGAAGAGCCUGCAGGACUACUUUAUGACCGAUCCCAUCUCCCGGGCAUCCCCAACAAUGGCUAAAUGCAUAGCAGCCGUCAAGAAAGCCUCCACAGCGUAGGAGAACCUUCCGUAGAGAAAAAUAAUUCAAUAAAUUCUUUAAAAAUGUUUAUCUGCGAUCUUUGGGGCCAGAGGAGCCCCCAAAAUAGAACCACUUUUUAGACUAGAUAAA